AUGUCUUCAACACAUGAUUGGCUUACCUUUUCCGAUCAAGAGGAAGAAGAAGAUAAAUCGCCAAAUCAUGCCAUUCUAGAAUCUCCAUUUGAUCCAAUCUAUUCUGUCUAUUAUUGUGGAAAUGAACCAUGUGGAACAACAACGAGUGUUGAUCUUGAUGUUCGGUUUGGAGCAAUUUGUUUUAAACCUUCGCAUUUGAUCAAAGAGGCUUCCUCACGAGAAUUAGAUCUCUCAUGGUAUUCGGGAGCGGAAUCUGAUGAACCAUUAAUCAUUUCUAGAAUUGUUUGUGGAGGUUAUGAUGAUCUGAGUUAUUCGUUGCUCAUGCAAAGCGGAGAUAAUCAACACUUUCUUGUAACAAAGUUUUCAGAUCAAGUAUUGACACGAUACAAAUUCAAAGAUUUAAUUUAUCCUGAAUUAGAGAAAACCAAUUAUCCAUUGGGGACUAGUUUUGAAGUGAAGGAAAUUAUUUGUUCAAGUGCAUUACAAAUCAUUUUUGAAAUGUCUGAUCUGUCUCUGUGGAUUUUGCACAUGCGGAACAUGAGGUUAGAGAAAUUUGAAUUCACUUUUCGACAUCAAAUUGAAGCCAUUGGAUCAGGGAUUAUGUCUCAAAAUAUAGUGGUGGUGCCUAUCACAUCGUCUUCUUCAAGGCAAGCAUUUCUUAUUGGAGAUCAAAAAUCAGUAGAAUCGAUCACACUAAAUCUCACAAAUUCUCCCGUUAAGCUUAUUUCGCAGUAUGCCUUUGAGUUGAUUAUUUUUGUUCAUCAGAACAACAAAAUGUAUAUUUAUUAUGGAGGAACUGAAUUUAGCUAUGAUACAGAUGGAUGCGGUUUCAACAUUCCUGCAGCUAAAACUCUUGUUUAUGUAAAAACUCAGUUUGAAGAAAUGUGUCCUAUUUCACAUAUUGCUUGUGGAUACUCACAUGUUGUAGUGUUACUCGAAAAUGGAGAUUGCUUUUGCAGAGGAUUGAAUAACUUUAAUCAGUGUAUGAUUGAUAGCAAAAAGAGUAUUGAUGAGUUUAUUAGAUUCACCAGUGUUACACAGCCUGUUCGUGCAAUCGCAUGCUGUUCAAUAUGUACCAUCCUUGUUUGUGACGACAAGUUUCAUUUCUUUGGAGAAAUUUCAAAUUUUCCUUCAACAGGAACCAUGACUAGACAAUUUCCAGAUCAAGAAGUGGCUCCUGCAGCAUGGCAUUGUUUCAUUUACAGAAAUACGUUUCACAAAACGACCAGAGAUCAGAUUUAUUUUGACAAGAAUCUGAAGUUGUUUGGAUGUAGCAAUAUUGAAAGAUUGAAAUUGUGUGACAUUUUCAUUACUUUUCAAGAUUUGAUGUAA